AUGGGGCUAAGAGUUGCCAGCCUUUUUAUACUCUGGCUGGCUCUUUCCUAUGCAAAUGAAAUAAGAAAAGGAAGGACAAGAAACCAUGGCCACUAUGUCUGCAGCACUUGGGGAAACAACCAUUUCAAAACUUUUGAUGGAGACAUCUAUCAAUUCCCUGGCAUUUGCGAGUAUAAUUUUGCUUCUGACUGCCGAGAGUCUUACAAGGAGUUCUCUGUCCACGUUCAGCGUGCUCUGAACAGCAAUAACCACCCUGAGAUCCAGUAUAUUCUGAUAACAAUCAAGGACUUUACAGUGUACCUCAGACCAAAACUGGCUGUGGUGGAUGGGCGGAUUGUGAAGACACCUUACUACAGCUCUGGUGUGCUCAUUGAGAGCAAUGACAUUUACACCAAGGUUUAUGCCAAAUUAGGCCUGAUUCUGAUAUGGAAUCAGGAAGAUGCACUGAUGGUGGAGCUGGACAGCAAAUUUAAUAACCAUACAUGUGGUCUCUGUGGGGAUUACAAUGGAGUUCCAAUCUACAAUGAGUUUAUCAAUGGAGUUGCAAGCUACAAUUCAAUUACAUAUGGGAAUUUACAGAAGAUCAGCAAACCCAAUGCCAUAUGUGAAGAUCCUGAUGAAACUCAGGCUAUUCCAAGCUGUAAUGGGCAUCGUGAUGAGUGUGAGAGGUUGCUGACUUCCUCUGCAUUUGCUGAUUGUCGGUUACGUCUUAAUUUGGAAAUGUACAUCCAAGCCUGCAUGCAGGACAAGUGUGCAUGUAAUGGAAAUGAGGACUCCUUCUGCCUCUGCAGCACCAUCUCAGAGUAUUCUCGCCAGUGUUCGCAUGCGGGUGGCCGGCCGGGUGAAUGGAGGACACAGUACUUUUGCUCCAAGACCUGUCCUGACACCAUGAUCUAUAGAGAAAGCAGCUCACCCUGCAUGGAUACUUGCUCACACUUGGAGAUCAGCAGCCUUUGUGAGGAACACUACAUGGAUGGUUGUUUCUGCCCUGAAGGAACUGUGUAUGAUGAUAUUACUGAAAAAGGCUGCAUACCUGCUAGCCAGUGCCACUGCAAACUCCAUGGAAAGGAGUAUUCACCUGGAGAAAGCAUUACCAAUGAAUGUGAAGAAUGCACCUGUGAUUCAGGCAGAUGGACGUGCAAAGAUUUACCCUGUCCAGGCACGUGUUCAGUGGAAGGAGGUUCCCAUAUUACCACCUUUGAUGGGAAGAAAUACACCUUCCAUGGAGACUGUUAUUAUGUGUUGGCCAAGGGUACUGUAAAUGACAGUCAUGCUCUCCUGGCAGAGCUGGCUCCCUGUGGCUCCACAGACAGGCAGACCUGUUUGAAGACUGUUGUGCUGUUAGUAGAUCACAAAAAAAACGUGGUGGUUUUCAGAUCAGAUGGCAGUGUGUUACUGAAUGAGAUGACAGUGAACGUGCCUCAUGUGUCAGCCAGCUUCUCAGUAUUCAAGCCAUCUUCCUACUACCUUGUUGUACAAACUUCUUUUGGGCUUCAGCUGCAGAUCCAGUUGUUUCCAGUCAUGCAGCUGUUUGUGACUGUGGAUCAAUCAGUUCAAGGAAAACUUCAAGGUCUUUGUGGAAACUUUAAUGGAAUGGAAGGCGAUGACUUUAAAACAACCAGUGGGCUGGUAGAAGCUACAGGAUCUGCCUUUGCUAACACCUGGAAAGCUCAGUCCACCUGUACAGACCAGGUAGAAAAGCUGGAAGACCCCUGCAGUCUCAGCAUUGAAAGUGCAAAUUAUGCUGAGCAUUGGUGUUCUUUGCUAAAAAACUCAGAGGGUCCUUUUGCAAGAUGUCACUUAAUUAUUGAUCCUUCAGAAUACUAUAAGAAAUGUAAAUAUGACACCUGCCUCUGUGAAGACAAUGAAGAAUGCUUGUGUGCCGCCCUGUCCUCUUACUCAAGAGCCUGUGCUUUCAAAGGGAUCAUACUGGGAGGCUGGAGAAAAAGUGUCUGCAGUAAUGAAAUGUCUGCCUGCCCAGGAAAUCAAAUCUUCCUUUACAAUCUUACAAUGUGCCAGCAAACCUGUCGCUCCCUUGCUGAUGGUGAAAAGCAUUGCUUGCAAGACUUUGCCCCUGUGGAUGGCUGUGGCUGCCCGUAUAAUACAUACUUGGAUAACCAGGGUACCUGUGUGCCUAUCUCCAAGUGCCCAUGUUAUUACAAGGGAUCAUACCUGGAACCAGGGGAAUAUGUCACAAAAGAUGGAGAACGUUGUGUUUGCCGAAAUGCAAAGGUCCAGUGUACUUCAGUGACAAUAAGAAUGAAAAGUGCAACAGAAUGUUCUUCUAACAAGACGUACUUUGACUGCAAUGCAUCCCCAAAGUGGACUUUGCAAACGCCUGUACAACUUAGCUGUCAUACUCCUCGAACUAAUCAUUUCCAGGCAGAGUGUAUCUCAGGCUGUGUGUGUCCUGAAGGUCUAUUUGAUGAUGGGAGGGGUUGUGUUGAGGAGAAGGACUGCCCAUGCAUUCAUAACAACCAGUGGUAUUCUCCUGGACAGAAGAUAACAGUGAACUGCAACACCUGUACCUGCCAAAAAGGGGUUUGGAGCUGCACUGAAGAUGUGUGCUAUGGGACUUGUAUGAUAUAUGGAAGUGGCCAUUAUAUCACCUUUGAUGGAAAAUUCUAUGACUUUGAUGGGAGUUGUGAAUAUGUUGCUACUCAGGAUUUUUGUGGUGACAAAAAUUCCAGUGGCUCGUUCAGUAUCAUCACAGAGAACGUCCCUUGUGGAACUACAGGAGUCACCUGCUCAAAGGCUAUUAAAAUGUUUCUAGGGAAAACUGAACUGAAAUUGGAGAACAAAGGUUAUAAAGAAAUUCAGCGAGAUAUUGGUGAUGAUGUGCAUUAUUGGAACAGGACAGUUGGCCUCUACCUCGUUAUUGAGGCUAGCAAUGGUGUGAUGCUUAUCUGGGAUAAGAAGACUACUGUUUUCAUCAAGCUGACCCCUGAUUACAAAGGCAAAGUGUGUGGUCUAUGUGGCAACUUUGAUGACAAGUCUAACAAUGACUUUACAACAAGGAGUGGGCUGCAGGAGACUAAUGCUCUAAAGUUUGGGAAUUCCUGGAAACAGUCUUCCAUGUGCUCAGAUGUCACACAAGAGAUUAAGCCCUGUGAUGUGAAACCGCAUCGGAAGUCCUGGGCAGAGAAAGAAUGCAGCAUCAUCCGGAGUGAAGUCUUUAAAAUUUGCCACUCCAAGGUGGACCCAAUUCCUUUCUACGAAGCUUGCGUUCAUGAUGCCUGUUCUUGUGACAGUGGUGGAGAUUGUGAGUGCUUCUGUUCUGCAGUUGCUGCAUAUGCUCAAGAAUGUACCAAGGCUCAGGCCUGUGUUUUCUGGAGAACUCCUGAUAUAUGUCCGAUAUUUUGUGACUACUACAACCCUCGUAAUGAGUGUGACUGGCACUAUGAGCCUUGUGGCAGUAAUAUCAUGACCUGCAGGAUGAUUAAUAAUGUCAGCACCAACUUUUCAGUACCAUACCUGGAAGGUUGCUACCCCAGAUGCCCUAAGGACAAGCCUAUUUAUAAUGAAGAGACAAAGGAAUGUGUGCCUGAAGAUCAAUGUUGGUGUUACAUCAAUGGAAUUUAUGUUCCCCCUGGGAACGAAAUAGCCACAGAAGAGAACUGUACAAAAUGUGUCUGUGGCCCUUCAGGAUCCAUACAGUGUACACCAAUCCUAGGGUGUCCUUGUGUCAUCAAUGGAACGAGUUAUGAAGUGGGUGAAACUGUGGCACAAAUACAGGAUGGAAAUAUAUGUAUAACAUACAUUUGUGCAGAAAAUGGUUCUAUAGUUGUUGGAAGUACUUAUCCUUGUCUGACAUCUACUUCACCUACAACCAUUUCAACCUCCUUUCCUACCAGUACUCUUACCACCACAGUUACCACUACAAGUCCUCCAGUAAUUACAACUCCAUGCUUUGGAUUAAUCUGUAAUUGGACUGAGUGGUUUGAUGUUAGUAAACCUGAAGAAGAUGGCGGUGACUAUGAAACCUACGAUGCAAUAAGAAAUGAACAUGGAAACAAAAUAUGUAAAGCUCCUGAAAAAAUUGAAUGCAGGGCUAAAGAUAACCCCGAUGUGAGUUUAGAGGAACUUAGCCAGAAAGUAGAGUGUAAUGUUACAUAUGGACUAAUCUGUAAAAAUGAGGAGCAAGAUGCAACUAUGUGGCAACUUUGCUAUAAUUAUGAAAUCAGGGUAAACUGUUGUGAGCGGCGUGAAAUUUCUUGUGAGACUCCGAGUACGCUGAGUCCAACACCAACUACAACUUCAACCACCACCAGCACGACAGUACGCAUCACCACUACAGCCAGGCAGCCAACAGCAAUUACCACCACACCCAUACCCACCCCAACCAUCACAAGCGAAUUCACACCAUCAGUCACCACCCCAGUAACUUCAACCUCUUCAGGAACGCCUACCCCACCUUCAUCCACAACGAGCACAGUGUCCUCUCCACCCAUAUCGACAACCACUCCCACGCCAACGCCAACAGCACCACCCACGAGUGUGCUGGUGCCCCGGCUUCUUGUCUCUGUUCCGGCUGUUUCUAAUUGUUCCUCUUGUUGUUGUCCCCCAGAAUGUGACUGCACCUGGACAGACUGGAUUGAUGUGAGCUACCCACAUAGUUCUGACAGAAACGGUGGUGACUACGAAACCUUUGAGAAUAUUCUGAAGAGCAACGCCUCCUGGGUCUGCGCGAAAGCUGAGGAUAUUUCAUGCAGAGCAAAGCAGUUCCCUCACACUCCCAUUGCAGAUUUAGGGCAGACCGUGGAAUGCAAUGUUAACACAGGGCUCAUCUGUAACAAUCGUGAUCAGGUCAUAGGAGGCAUAAUACCGAUGCCGGUCUGCCUCAAUUACGAGAUCAGGGUCUGCUGCCUCCCCGCCGUACCAGAGUGUAUUACAACUACCACCACGAGCACCACGACACGCCCCACCUUCGUCCACAGCGAGCACAGUGUCCUCUCCACCCGUAUCGACAACCACUCCACGCCAACGCCAACGCCAUCGGAGCCUCCCAGCAGCACCGCCACCACCACGAUGCCCCCCAGCAGCACAACCAGCAGCACCCUGGCGACAACGAUGACUGUUCCUAGCACACCAGCACCCACCCCAACUCCUGAAAGUACGUUCCCAACACCAACAAUAAUCACCAAAACCUCGCUGCCUCCGACUUCAGAACACCACGACCGCCCACCUUCGUCCACAGCGAGCACAGUGUCCUCUCCACCCGUAUCGACAACCACUCCCACGCCAACGCCAACGCCAUCGGAGCCUCCCAGCAGCACCGCCACCACCACGAUGCCCAGCAGCACAACCAGCAGCACCCUGGCGACAACGAUGACUGUUCCUAGCACACCAGCACCCACCCCAACUCCUGAAAGUACGUUCCCAACACCAACAAUAAUCACCAAAACCUCGCUGCCUCCGACUUCAGAAGCAAUAACUUGUUGUUGUCCCCCAGAAUGUGACUGCACCUGGACAGACUGGAUUGAUGUGAGCUACCCACAUAGUUCUGACAGAAACGGUGGUGACUACGAAACCUUUGAGAAUAUUCUGAAGAGCAACGCCUCCUGGGUCUGCGCGAAAGCUGAGGAUAUUUCAUGCAGAGCAAAGCAGUUCCCUCACACUCCCAUUGCAGAUUUAGGGCAGACCGUGGAAUGCAAUGUUAACACAGGGCUCAUCUGUAACAAUCGUGAUCAGGUCAUAGGAGGCAUAAUACCGAUGCCGGUCUGCCUCAAUUACGAGAUCAGGGUCUGCUGCCUCCCCGCCGUACCAGAGUGUAUUACAACUACCACCACGAGCACCACGACCGCCCCACCUUCGUCCACAGCGAGCACAGUGUCCUCUCCACCCGUAUCGACAACCACUCCCACGCCAACGCCAACGCCAUCGGAGCCUCCCAGCAGCACCGCCACCACCACGAUGCCCAGCAGCACAACCAGCAGCACCCUGGCGACAACGAUGACUGUUCCUAGCACACCAGCACCCACCCCAACUCCUGAAAAAUGUGACUGCACCUGGACGGACUGGAUUGAUGUGAGCUACCCACAUAGUUCUGACAGAAACGGUGGUGACUACGAAACCUUUGAGAAUAUUCUGAAGAGCAACGCCUCCUGGGUCUGCGCGAAAGCUGAGGAUAUUUCAUGCAGAGCAAAGCAGUUCCCUCACACUCCCAUUGCAGAUUUAGGGCAGACCGUGGAAUGCAAUGUUAACACAGGGCUCAUCUGUAACAAUCGUGAUCAGGUCAUAGGAGGCAUAAUACCGAUGCCGGUCUGCCUCAAUUACGAGAUCAGGGUCUGCUGCCUCCCCGCCGUACCAGAGUGUAUUACAACUACCACCACGAGCACCACGACCGCCCCACCUUCGUCCACAGCGAGCACAGUGUCCUCUCCACCCGUAUCGACAACCACUCCCACGCCAACGCCAACGCCAUCGGAGCCUCCCAGCAGCACCGCCACCACCACGAUGCCCCCCAGCAGCACAACCAGCAGCACCCUGGCGACAACGAUGACUGUUCCUAGCACACCAGCACCCACCCCAACUCCUGAAAAAUGUGACUGCACCUGGACGGACUGGAUUGAUGUGAGCUACCCACAUAGUUCUGACAGAAACGGUGGUGACUACGAAACCUUUGAGAAUAUUCUGAAGAGCAACGCCUCCUGGGUCUGCGCGAAAGCUGAGGAUAUUUCAUGCAGAGCAAAGCAGUUCCCUCACACUCCCAUUGCAGAUUUAGGGCAGACCGUGGAAUGCAAUGUUAACACAGGGCUCAUCUGUAACAAUCGUGAUCAGGUCAUAGGAGGCAUAAUACCGAUGCCGGUCUGCCUCAAUUACGAGAUCAGGGUCUGCUGCCUCCCCGCCGUACCAGAGUGUAUUACAACUACCACCACGAGCACCACGACCGCCCCACCUUCGUCCACAGCGAGCACAGUGUCCUCUCCACCCGUAUCGACAACCACUCCCACGCCAACGCCAACGCCAUCGGAGCCUCCCAGCAGCACCGCCACCACCACGAUGCCCCCCAGCAGCACAACCAGCAGCACCCUGGCGACAACGAUGACUGUUCCUAGCACACCAGCACCCACCCCAACUCCUGAAAGUACGUUCCCAACACCAACAAUAAUCACCAAAACCUCGCUGCCUCCGACUUCAGAAGCAAUAAGUAAUUCUCUGGCUGCGUUGUCGUUUGUUGCCUUGCUAUGGGAGAAAUCAAGGUCUAUUGGCAGCUUAACGGCCAAGAAGGGAAGACCUGCCCACACAAGUGCGCUUUGUUGUGGCCAGGGUUGGCUGACUGGUGUGGCAGUGCCCGAGGGGCACCCUUGUGUGCAGUGGACGCCCAGAGCACCACCCACGAGUGUGCUGGUGCCCCGGCUUCUUGUCUCUGUUCCGGCUGUUUCUAAUUGUUCCUCUUGUUGUUGUCCCCCAGAAUGUGACUGCACCUGGACGGACUGGAUUGAUGUGAGCUACCCACAUAGUUCUGACAGAAACGGUGGUGACUACGAAACCUUUGAGAAUAUUCUGAAGAGCAACGCCUCCUGGGUCUGCGCGAAAGCUGAGGAUAUUUCAUGCAGAGCAAAGCAGUUCCCUCACACUCCCAUUGCAGAUUUAGGGCAGACCGUGGAAUGCAAUGUUAACACAGGGCUCAUCUGUAACAAUCGUGAUCAGGUCAUAGGAGGCAUAAUACCGAUGCCGGUCUGCCUCAAUUACGAGAUCAGGGUCUGCUGCCUCCCCGCCGUACCAGAGUGUAUUACAACUACCACCACGAGCACCACGACCGCCCCACCUUCGUCCACAGCGAGCACAGUGUCCUCUCCACCCGUAUCGACAACCACUCCCACGCCAACGCCAACGCCAUCGGAGCCUCCCAGCAGCACCGCCACCACCACGAUGCCCCCCAGCAGCACAACCAGCAGCACCCUGGCGACAACGAUGACUGUUCCUAGCACACCAGCACCCACCCCAACUCCUGAAAGUACGACUGGGAGCCCUCCAACAGGAUCGCCUACCACCACCGUCAGCACAACCUCAGGACCAUCUUCCCCGGAGCCUACAGCCAGCACUACUGUAUCACCACCAUCAGUCCCUCCAACAGGAUCGCCUACCACCACCGUCAGCACAACCUCAGGACCAUCUUCCCUGGAGCCUACAGCCAGCACGACUGUAUCACCACCAUCAGUGUCAACAAGCCCAGUGACAGUCACCACCUCUGGAGUCACUGAAACAGGAUCGACCUCCAAAACCACUACUUUGGCCCCCACACCCUCAAGAUCCACUCCCCACAGCACCACAAUAGUGAUGGAAACAUCUAGCCAAGAGACCACUACCACAAGGACCGGGAGCCCUCCAACAAGAUCACCCACCACCGCCAUCAGCACCACAACCUCAGGACCAUCUUCCCCGGAGCCUACAGCCAGCACGACUGUAUCACCACCAUCAGUGUCAACAAGCCCCGUGGCAGUCACCACCUCUGGUACAACUCCAACAGAAUCUUUUACCACCACUUCAGGAACAACCUCUACUAAUUUUGCCACAAUCACUGCAACCACCACCACCACCACCUCCGAAAUUGUUUCCCCUGGCUCAACUAGUACUUCUGGGCCAACUGCAACAUCAAGUGCAGUCUCCAUUGCAGGAAGUUCUACAUACAGUACAGUUACUCCACUCAGCGCUUCAAGUUCAACUACAAGUCCACCACCAACCACUCCUGGAAGAAAUUGUUCUAUUUUACCUAAUGAAUCUUAUGCGCCAGGUGAGUCAUGGUGGCUCUGUAACUGCACUAAGGCAAUAUGUAUAGAAGACAAUAUAAUCCAAAUGGUUCCCAUAAUCUGUAAUCCACCUCCUAAACCUACCUGUGCCAAUGGGCUUUCUCCUGUGCCAGUCAUUGAUGAGGAUGGAUGCUGUUGGCACUGGGAGUGUGAUUGCUACUGCACUGGCUGGGGAGACCCACAUUACAUGACUUUUGAUGGACUGUACUACAGCUAUCAAGGGAAUUGUACAUACGUCCUUGUGGAAGAGAUUUAUAAGAAAGUUGACAACUUUGGUGUCUACAUUGAUAACUACCAUUGUGAUACACGGGAUGUAGUCUCCUGUCCUCGAACGCUCAUUGUGAGACACGAGACUCAGGAAGUGCGCAUAGCAACAGUCAAACCAAAUACUCUACAAGUAGAGGUGACAGUAAACAAACAGGCAGUGGCUUUGCCUUAUAAAAAAUUUGGCUUGAGCAUCUAUGAAUCAGGCAUAAACCGUGUAGUGGAAAUUCCUGAACUAAAAAUGAAUGUGACGUACAAUGGCUUGUCCUUUUCUAUCAGAAUGCCCUACAGCUUGUUUGGCAACAACACUUAUGGGCAGUGUGGUACUUGCAAUAACAACACAGCAGAUGACUGCAUGUUGCCGAAUGGAAACAUUGCAGAAAACUGUGAAACCAUGGCAGACCAUUGGCAAGUUGUUGACCCCUCCAAACCACAGUGCUCUCCAGGCCUAAUUCCUACAAAAGCACCUAGCACAACCCCAACGCAGUCUUGCAAAGAAUCUUCCAUCUGCAAGCUUCUUUUGGGAAGUGUGUUCGAGCCAUGCCAUGGCUUUGUCCGGCCUGAAAAGUACUAUGCAGCCUGUGUUUUUGAUAGUUGUGUACUUCCCAACUUAGACCUGGAAUGCUCAAGUCUGCAGAUCUAUGCUGCCACCUGCGCUGAUCAAAGCGUAUGCAUUGACUGGAGGAGUCAUACCAAUGGUGUUUGCUGCACUUAUAAAUGCCCCUCAGAUAAAGAAUACAGAGCAUGUGGUCCUAUUAAAGAGAUAACCUGCAAAUCAAGUCAACAAAAUGAAACUUCAGCUAAAAAAGUGGAAGGCUGUUUCUGUCCUAAUGGAACAAUGCUGUAUGACUCUGGUGUGGAUGUCUGUGUAAAAACCUGUGGCUGUGUUGGAGUGGAUAAGAUACCAAGAGAGUUUGGGGAAAAGUUUACAGUAGACUGUCAGGACUGUAUUUGCCUGGAAGGUGGAAAUGGCAUUGUAUGUGAGCCUCAUGAAUGUGCCAAACAAAAUAAGAUCAGUUGUGAUGGAGAAGGCUUCUAUGAGGUCAAUGAAGUCAAUUCUGAAGACUCUUGCUGCCCCAUUGUCACUUGCAAAUGCAAUACAAGCUUGUGCACAACUAAAGCCCCCAAGUGUACACUGGGAUUUGAAGUUCAUUCACAUAUUCCCAGUGGUCAGUGCUGUCCUGUGUACCAGUGUGUUCCCAAGAGGGUUUGUGUACAUCAGAAUGCUGAGUUCUUGCCUAAUUCCUCAGUCUUUGUUGAUAAGUGUCAGAAUUGUUUCUGCACUAACGAAGUUAACGUCAGCACUCAACUGAAUAUCAUCUCAUGUGAACAUAUUCCAUGCAACACAUAUUGUGAACCAGGAUAUGAACGUCAACCAGUGAAAGGUGAAUGUUGUGGAAGAUGUGUGCAGACUAAGUGUGUUGUACAUACAGCAAGCAAUUCUGACCUCAUCUUGAGUCCUGGAGAGUUUAAAAAUGAUCCUUACAACAACUGCACCAUUUAUAGCUGUGUGAAUAUCCACAACCAGCUUAUCUCUUCCACAUCUGAGAUUACCUGCCCGGCAUUCAAUGAGGAGAGCUGCAAACCUGGAACUAUUACAUUCUUACCUAACGGUUGUUGCAAAACCUGUGCACCUCUGGAUAGUCCCACACCGUGCUCUGUCCGUCAAAGAAAAGACUUUAUCGUCUAUAAGGGCUGCCGUUCUGUGGACAGAGUUGUCAUGGCUGAAUGUGAAGGAACAUGUGGAACUUUCUCGCUAUACUCUGUUGAGGCCAAUUCUAUGGACCACAGCUGUUCCUGCUGCAGGGAAUCAAGGACUACUGUGAGGGAAGUGGAACUGAAAUGCCCCACUGGGUAUUCAAUUUCACAUAAGUAUAUAUAUGUGGAAAGCUGCAGUUGUCAAGACACUGAAUGCAGCAGCUCACAAUCCAGUGAGUUGCGGAGCACAGAAGAAAAUGACAAGGCGAGUACUCUGAACCGUAUCAAGAGGGCCAUCAGCUUAACAUCAAAGUGA